AGAUCAAAACAGAACUUCUGUUUGUGCGUUGCUAUGAACAAGUACUACACGUAAAGACAGCGCCAUUGCUCUCGACGACAAGGUUUUGUGGAACGCCGGAAUAAAUUGCUUCACCAUGUCUUUGGCCUCCAAAUCGAAGAUUAUCUCCUCUUUGGCCAAGAGAUCAAUCAGCACUUCUUCGUCAAUGAGCGAGAGAUUUGGAUCUGCCGACGGAUCUUCCGGAUGGAAAUGGGACAAGAAUGGCGUUGGAAUGGGAGGCAAGGAUAAAGGGCCGGGAACUGAAGCAAAGCCUGAUGUUGGGAAAGGCAAGACUUAUCAAGCUCCCGAGUUCUUCAAGUAUAACGAAUAUACUUACUUUGACUUGGAAAAAGAAAUGGUUAAACAACGGGUGGCCCAACCCAAAAGUGGACUCAGUGAAUUUUGGUAGAAAAAUAGAGAGAGUUAAAGCUAUAUGAUUGCUUCUUGCGUAGAAUUCAAUCCAAAUAAAGACGUAAUUCAAGGCCAUUA